AUGGAUAUUCAGAAGCAGCUGAGCAUCCAGGAAGAAAUUGACCUCUUGGUCGAGAUUGAAGAUAUUCACGACGAGCUGAUCAUUCUGAAGAUGGUUUUGAAGGAUCUACAAGCCGUGCUGCGAGACCUGGGCAAAACCGUUGAUCCUCUGGAAUAUGGCACCCAGAGGCACCCCAGGGAUAUUGCCUACUCCCCGACUUUAGGUGAUGACAAGUCCGCGGUGGGCCAAUUGCAGAGAAUAGAGACAAUGGAGAAUAUGACUCGGAAGACAACCCAAACGCAGCUCCUGUCAUUACUUGACCUUAAGCAGAAACAAGCAAGCAUAGCCGAAGCACUGUCCUCAGUUGCUUACGCGAAACAAGAGGCUGAGCAAGCCGCGGAGAACGCGAGACAAGGCAGGACACUCACGCUCUUCACGGUUGUGACUAUUGUGUUUCUACCUCUCUCGUUCAUGGCGGCAUUCUUUGCCAUAAACAUCGAGUCAUUUUCCGUUAAUAAUAAUGGGAAGCUUGGCCUUGGCUACGUUCUCAAGUAUAUGUUGGGCAUUUCUACCGGGUUAUCCGUACCCUUCAUCUUCAUCGCCUUGAAUCAGGAUCGAUUUAGUACCUGGUUGAGUUACCUGACAAAGCUUACCCCUGGAACGCUUUGGACCUCGGCGGCCUGUGUCCUUGUUGCUGUGAUCUUGACGGUCCUGUGGACUUCAUCACUGGAAUACAAGAGUAGCGCCGAGCACGGGUAUGGACAAUAA